AUGAUGAUGCUCAUAAAAUCAAUCGUACCUUUGCUUGCCAAUCCCUUUCACAGUCCAGAAAUGAAGAACCUACGAUUUCAAACCGAUCUCUCCAACGCGACUCCUCCUCGAAUAAAGAAAGGAGUCAAGUUUGCUGACGAAGAAGAAGUACAUGGCGUUCUUCGACGCCGAAGUCAGAUAUCUCGGAAGUCAAUGGAUGGCAUUUGGUUUGACGGCGAGGACUUUGAAUCCUUUAUAGACGACAUCGAAAAGAGUGUCGAGAAAUUGGAAAAAGAAAAGCAAUGGAAGAGCAAUGAAUACACAUCGCUGGGCUUGGAAUGCCAAACGGAAAAAGGCAGCGCUAUCCGACAAGAAUACCAGGAGCUUGCACGGGACAUGGUCUUGUGGGAACAAGAUCAGCAGAAAAAAGAAGGGAGGAUAUCCUCUGUGCAGCUCGCUGAAGCCUACCGUGAAGCCUCGCGAGAUGCUGAAGUUCGGGCUGUCAAAUUGGCUAGACAGGUUUCGGAUGAAGCUCUAGAGGACUACACAAAAAGCGGUUUGAUGGAUCUAUUGGAAGAUGGAUCUAGUUCUUCUUUCAUGUCCCUCUCCGUUAUUGAAGGGGGGCUCGACGAAGACUUGCCACGGACCAAGCCAGUCCGCGUUCGUUUUGCGGAAGAGCCAGUGGUCCAUGAAGUAAUCCGACGUCGUAGUCAAAUAUCUCGUCAGUCUAAGAAAGCUAUUUGGUUCGAAAAUGAGGACUUUGAUGCCUUCAAGGACGAUGUUUAUAUGCUUGUAUCGACAAGAUAG